AGCAGAGGCGGGGUUAAACUGCGUCCCCCCUGUCCCAUUCAGUCACUUUCCUAGUCAGGCAGGCAGAGAGAGUGAGAGGAGAGAAAGAGGCAGAUCCAGGACCAUGGCACACCAUGAAGCACCCCAUAAAGACCCCAGAAAGAUGGGCAUCGGCCGCUCCAUCGCCGUGCUGACCUCCGGAGGCGAUGCCCAGGGUAUGAAUGCUGCUGUGAGGGCCACAGUCAGAAUGGGCAUCUACACUGGGGCCAAGGUCUACUUCGUUCAUGAAGGUUACCAGGGUCUGGUGGAUGGAGGUGACAACAUCAAACUUGCCACCUGGGAGAGUGUGUCUAUGAUGCUGCAUCUGGGUGGAACUGUGAUUGGCAGUGCCCGCUGUAUGGACUUCAAAGAGAAGUGGGGGCGUCUGAAGGCCGCCUGCAACUUGGUCAAACUGGGCAUCACCAAUCUGUGUGUGAUCGGCGGCGAUGGUAGCUUGACUGGUGCCAACCAGUUCCGUACAGAGUGGAGCGAGCUGCUGGCUGACCUGACAAAAGGGGGUGAGAUACCUGGGCCACCAACAAGACUACAUUACCCAGCAACCUUCACUCAAAAGCACCCAAUACGUGCCUGUGUGUGUAUUAACAUUGCUCUCUGUCUCCACAGUUACCUGGCCCUGGUGACUGCUUUGGCCUGUGGUGCUGACUGGGUGUUCAUCCCAGAAAUGCCCCCAGAGGAAAACUGGGAGGAACAUUUGUGCAAAAGAUUGAUUGCGCAAAGGGGGCGUGGUUCUCGUCUGAACGUCAUCAUUCUGGCAGAGGGAGCCCAGGACCGUAACCAGAAACCCAUCACCUGUGACCAAGUCAAAAAUCUGGUAUCCAAGAAACUUGGCUUCGACACCCGUUCCACUAUCCUGGGACACGUACAGAGAGGUGGCACCCCCUCUGCUUUUGACAGAAUCCUGGGUAGCAGGAUGGGUGUGGAGGCUGUGAUGGCUCUGUUGGAGGCCACCCCAGAAACCCCAGCCUGUGUUGUCAGUCUUUCUGGGAACAUGGCCGUCAGGCUGCCUCUCAUGGAGUGUGUCCAAGUGACUAAAGAUGUGACCGUAGCCAUGACUGAGGGGAGAUUUGAAGAUGCUGUAAAGCUCAGGGGAAAGAGCUUUCAGAAUAACUGGGACACAUACAAAAUGCUGGCUCACGUAACCCCACCAGAAAUGAAGAGCAACAUCAACAUUGCCAUUAUAAAUGUUGGCGCCCCCUGUGCUGGGAUGAAUGCAGCAGUGCGUGCAGCUGUCAGGGUCGGUAUCAUCCAGGGACACCAGAUGCUAGCUGUACAUGACGGCUUUGACGGCCUGGCUAACGGACAGAUUGAGCCUAUCAUCUGGGCUCAAGUGGGUGGAUGGACUGGGAAGGGAGGGUCCAAUCUCGGUACCAAGAGACACCUGCCAGGUAAAAACAUUGAGCAAAUCAGCCUGAACAUUACCAAGUUCAACAUCCAUUCUCUGAUCAUCAUCGGAGGCUUUGAGGCGUAUCUGGGUGGUCUGGAGCUGGUGACAGCCAGGGAGAUGUACGAGGAGUUGUGUAUCCCCAUGGUGGUCAUUCCCGCCACCGUCUCCAACAAUGUUCCCGGAUCGGACUUCAGCAUCGGAGCUGAUACCGCCCUUAACACCAUCACCAUGACUUGCGACAGGAUAAAGCAGUCUGCUGCUGGCACUAAGAGGAGAGUGUUCAUCAUUGAGACCAUGGGGGGAUACUGCGGCUACUUAGCAACCAUGGCUGGCUUGUCAUCUGGGGCUGAUGAUGCCUACAUCUAUGAAGAGCCUUUCCAUAUCCGUGACCUAGAGCUGAACGUGGAGCAUCUGAUAGAAAAGAUGAAGACCUCAGUGAAGAGAGGCCUCAUUCUCAGGAACUCUAAUGCCAAUGAGAACUACACCACACAGUUCCUCUACAACCUGUACUCAGAGGAGGGAAAGGGCACGUUCGACUGCAGGAUGAAUGUCCUAGGACACAUGCAGCAGGGUGGAACCCCCAGUCCCUUUGACAGGAAUUUUGGUACCAAGAUGGGAUCCAAGUCUGUCCUGUGGCUGACUGACAAGCUGAAGGAGUGCUACAGACACGGUCGUAUCUUUGCCAACAUGCCAGACUCUGCCUGUGUGCUGGGCAUGAAGAAGAGAUCCCUGGUCUUCCAGCCCCUGGCUUCCCUCAAGGACGACACUGACUUUGAGCACCGUAUCCCAAAGACAGAGUGGUGGCUGAGGCUAAGGCCCAUCCUGAAAAUCCUGGCCAAAUAUGACACUGUGGAAAUGGACACCUCUGAGGUGGCUGCCAUGGAGCACGUCAUCAAGAAGACAGGCCUAGUCAAGGGUGGCAAAAUGUAAACAAACAAAUAAACACACACACAUAAACACAACCUCACAUAAACAAACACAUACCGACCCUUGGUAUUGCAUCUCGGCCCACCCACUCCUAUGAAGAGAACGGGAUGGUAACAGUCAACCAUUCAGUCAACAGAUGUGUGUAGCAUCUCAGUGUAGUCCUAGUGGUUAUGAGGAAGAGACUGUACAUACAGUUUGUUGUGUGGAGCUUUGAACUGUUCUACAUCACAGAAGUCAUUCUACACCAUUCUGCAGAAUCCCUGCAACAAUACUGUGCAGAUCUCUCAGUGGAGUCAGUCUAACACUUUUAUCUCAAAGCCACAAAAACACUCUCUGUGUGCUGUUUCCUGUGUCUGGCUCACUGCUUUCUCCCCUGUUUGUAUGGCAGAACAGUUUACAAAAUGAAGACUUAUUUCUUGCAUUGAAACUGAACUAGGAUAUGUAAUAAAACUGCUUCAUUUUUUGA